CAAUGGCAGAUGGUUAUCUCCUGUUAAUUGGUCAAAGUCCUUACUAGUUGAUAAGCAGAUACAGCCUCUGAUUAGGUCUUGCCCUCAGGAAGAUUAUUCUGAUCCGCAAAAGAUCUACCUCGAAGGAGCAGUGUAUGAAGAGGGCCAAACGAAUGGUUAGGAAAGUAAAUAGUAAAAAGACUAAAGAUAAGGCAUUCCUGAGGACUUGGAGCAGUGCGGAUGUAGAACAUUAAGCUGUUGAUGGGAAGCAGGAUUUAGUUCCUUUACAGGAACAGUUGCGGUCUGUGGCUGGCUCUCAGUUCCUGUAGAGAGAGAACCAUUCAGACUUCUGACUGGUGUUGAAUACAUUGUUGGAAGGAAAAACUGUGGCAUUCUAAUUGAAGGUGAUCAGUCAAUCAGUCGAAAUCAUGCUGUGUUAACUGCUAACUUUUCUGUAACCAACCUGAGUCAAACAGAUGAGACUCCUAUAUUGACAAUAAAAGAUAAUUCUAAGUAUGGUACCUUUGUUAAUGAGGAAAAAAUGCAGAAUGGCCUUUCCCAAGCUUUGAAGACAGGGGAUAGAGUUACUUUUGGAGUGUUUGAAAGUAAAUUCAGAGUAGAAUAUGAGCCUUUGGUUGCAUGCUCUUCUUGUUUAGAUGUUUCUGGGAAAACUGCUUUAAAUCAAGCUAUAUUACAACUUGGAGGACUUACUGUGAACAAUUGGACAGAAGAAUGUACUCAUCUUGUCAUGAUAUCAGUCAAAGUUACCAUUAAAACAAUAUGUGCACUCAUUUGUGGACGUCCGAUUGUAAAGCCAGAGUAUUUUACUGAAUAUCUUAAAGCAGUUAAGUCCAAUAAACAGCCUCCACAAAUUGAAAGCUUUUACCCACCUAUUGAUGAACCAGCUAUUGGAAAUAAAAACAUUGAUCUGUCAGGACGACAGGAAAGAAAGCAAAUCUUCAAAGGGAAAACGUUUGUAUUUCUAAAUGCCAAACAGCAUAAAAAGUUAAGUUCGGCAAUUGUUUUUGGAGGAGGAGAUGCUAGGUUGAUAACAGAAGAAAAUGAAGAAGAUGACAGUUUCUUUUCAGCUCCUGGAAUUUGUGUUGUUGAUGUAGGAAUAACAAAUUCACAGACUCUAAUUCCUGACUCUCAGAAAAAAUGGAUUCACUCAAUUAUGGAUAAGCUCCAAAGGCAGGGGCUUAGACCUAUUCCUGAAGCAGAAAUUGGAUUGGCGGUCAUUUUCAUGACUACAGAGACUUACUGUGAUCCUCAGGGCCAGCCCAAUACAGCACUGAAGAUGACUCCAGGGCCAAGCCUUUCCCAAGGCUUGUCAGUCAGUGAAAAGCUAAUGCCAAGUGCCCCAGUGAAUACCACGACAUAUGUAGCUGACACGGAAUCAGAGCAAGCAGAUACAUGUAUGGAUUUGAGUGAAAGACCUAAAGAAAUCAAAAUCUCCAGAGUGGAACAAAAAUUCAGAAUGCCCUCGCAAGGAAUAUCCACUGUGAGGGAACCCCCCAAAAUAAUCUCUAAUGAUAACAGUGCAGUAUCAAAUACUCUGGAAAGGCUGAAAAUCCCAACCUACCAGCUUUCACCAACUAAAUUCUCAGGUGUAAAUAAAAGUGGAGAUCAGCCUUCUCAGCAGCUGCAGACCAACUCCAUCAAAAACUACUUUCAGCCUUCUACCAAGAAAAGGGAAAGAGAUGAAGAAAAUCAAGAAAUUUCUUCACCCAAAUCAGCAAGAAUAGAAAUGUCUUGUUCUCUUUUAGAACAAACGCAACCUUCUACACUCUCAGUAUGGAAAAAUAAGGAGCAGCAUCUAUCUCAGAAUAAGCCUGUGGAAAAGAAACCAGAUAAUUUACUUACAGAUAGAGAUUUAAAAUCCACUGUGAAAAAUUUUGCCAAUAAAUCUCUUUCUACAGAAAAACUAAGAUCAGAAAAAAGAAAAGAAAUUGAUGAUUUAGCCAUAGAAGAUGAAGUAUUAGAUCAGUUAUUCAAGGACACAAAACCAGAGUUAGAAAUUGGAAUGAGAGUUCAAAAACAAGAGGAAGAUGUCAAUAUUAGAAAAAGACCAAGAUUGGGAAUAGAAACAAAUGGCACUUCUGAUGAUGAAGUAAUAUCAGAAAGUAACAGAAUAUCUCAAGAAAAUGAAAUUGGGAAGAAGUGUGAGCUCAAGAAAGAUCCACUAUGGUCUACUAAAGAAGAAUUAUCUAUCAAAGAUGAACUUCAGGAUGAUGGCGAUAUGCUUCCAAGGAGGAUAUUACUAACUGAAUUUAGAUCACUGGUGGUUAGUAACUCUACUUCCAGAAAUUUGUCUGAUGUAAAUAGUGAUUAUGGUCAACUAAAGAAUUUCAAGAAAUUCAAAAAGGUCACAUUCCUUGGAGCAGGAAAACUUCCACGCAUCAUUGGAGGAUCAGAUCUAAUAGCUCAUCAUGCUCGGAAGAAUACAGAAUUAGAAGAAUGGUUAAGGCAGGAAAUGGAGGUGCAAAAUCAACAUGCAAAAGAAGAGUCUCUUGCUGAUGAUCUCUUCAGAUACAAUCCUAAUGUAAAAAGGAGACGAUAACAGGCUUGUAAAGAAGCCAGAGAAAAACAUUUCCUAUCAAGCAUUUACAUCAAGUUUCCUCUGGGAUACAUUCAUUAAGUAUAUAGAAAGGAUUUAAAUUCCAAAGGUUUUAUGGCCUUAAUUUGUUGAAUAAAAUGCACAAAACUCCA